ACUAAAAUGUUGACAUACUGAAUGCUACAAAACCCCAUCUCACUAUGCGGUCUUUGGAGUUUAGUAUUUGUUGUGCGUUCCUUACGCUGGUCUUUGGCUCAUCAGUUUCUUAUGCAGCAACAUACAAGGAAGAUGAUGCAUUGAUAAAAAACAUCUCAGAUCUUCAUUUCCAACUGUUUUCGUCCAUUCAGAAGAAAACAAAAAUGAUAAAGACAGCUGUCUUUGAGACUCAGUGCAGUGGAUCAGGCUGUACUUUCAAUGGUUGCGAGUCUAGCGGAUCCGAAACCUGUGAUGGACAGAUGCUCACAAAGUUGAAUAGGAUUCAAUCAAGUAUCAACAAUGUUUGGAAAAGGAAGCCUAUAUCUGUUUUAUUCUCAACAGUUUGUAAAAAAGGAUGGAAACGCUAUAACGGUCACUGCUAUUUCUUAUUCAGCGGUAAAAUGAACUGGUUUCAAGCGCAGAUUUUCUGCAGAAACCAGGGAACAACUUUGCUUCAGAUCAACGAUGCAGGUGAAAACAAAUGGCUUACAAAGAAUUUUCCAAAUGUCGAAUACUGGAUUGAUUUUACUGACAUUGGCACGGAAGGAAAAUGGGUGAUAUUAUCUACCGGGAAAAGUACAUACACAAGUUGGGAUCGUGGACAACCAGACAACUGGAAGGGUGAUCAGCAUUGUGGCUACAACAAUUUUGUUAAACGACUUGGACGAUGGGAUGAUGUGAAAUGUAACGCCACAUAUCAAGUAAUGUGUGAAGCAUCAGGUUCUGAAUUCUGACCAUGGAGAGCUGGAACUCAUUGAUGAUGUUUUAGCACCGUGAAAAGAAUAAAAUGAUUUUAAAUCAAAC